CUGGUUUCUCACAGGCGGGUAGAGGCACAUCUACCUCCGCGUCGCGCUCUUGUAUUCUCCUGGGGUUUUGUUCUUGGGGUUGCCCAAUAUGGCUGCAGUUGUUACCAGACACAAGCAUUUCGGUCAAGAAUACCUCAGUACUGAGUCUAAAUAUGUUGUUCGGGAAUACUCCAGCUCUGCGGCUGAAGAGGUGAAAUAUCAAUACCAAACACAGAAGAGAAUCCAGGGAGUGGUGGAGAAGAAGAUGCCUGAGAAAUACAUCCGUGAGGAGUCCAUGAUCAGGGGCCCCAAGUUUGUGGUUAGAUUGAGGUCCCACACAGUGUAUGAAAACAGUGCUAUUAAACUUUUCUGCACUGUGGAGGGAUAUCCCACCCCACAAGUCAAAUGGUUCAAGGAUGAUGUCAUCUUGGACAUUUCCUCUGGAAAGUACUUUGUGGAGAGCAAUGCAGGAUUCCAUGCCCUCACCAUCCUCAAGUGUGCAACUGAUGACACUGCAAUGUACACGGCUGUAGCCUCAAACUCGCAUGGACAGGCUUCUUCCCAGGCCUCCAUCAUUGUGAAGAGGUGCAAAGAGGAAGAAAAGUCCACUCCUUAUUCCUGGAUGCCUUACCAGUAUGCCAUUUUACCUGAAAUCAAGUAUACGAAGAUUAACAUCACCUACACUGAGACGUUUGACGUGACCUUUGGAAAAGAAGGCGAUAAGGUCACUUUGACCUGUAAGAUGACCAUUAACCCCAACCUGGCUAACCUUCAGCCUGAGGCGCUGUGGUACAGAGAUGAGCAUCUCCUGAAAGAGUCCAGGUGGGUGAAAAUGGAGUCUGGCGGAGGUGUUGUCAAGAUCACGCUUAGUCAGCUCGCUAAGGAUGAUGAGGGUCUUUACACCCUCCGCAUGGUGACCAAGGGAGGCGAUGCGGUCCACAGGGCUUACGUCUUCGUUGAUGAUGGUCCACCUCCAGUUCCUCAAGCUCCCGGAGCCCCAAUGGACAUUAAGAUCCAUGAUGCAAAUAGAGAUUAUGUCAUCGUGUCCUGGAAACCUCCUAACACCACCACUGAAGGCCCCAUCGUUGGAUACUUUGUUGACAGAUGUGAAGUUGGAACAGAGAACUGGGUGCAGUGUAACGACUCCCCUGCGAAGAUCUGCAAAUAUCCCGUGCAGGGCCUGUUUGAGGGACACUCUUAUUACUUUCGCGUACGUGCCGUCAACUCUCGCGGCAUUGGCAGACCCUCCAGAAUGUCUGAGCCCAUUGCUUCUCUGGACCCUACAGAGUUUGAGAGACUUCACGCCACAAAACUAGGUGGAAGACUUGACGUUGUGACUUACUAUGAUGACCUUGAAGCCGAGGGAAAAGCUCCAGGACCUCCCUCUAAAGUCUGUGCUUCAGAGACGGACCGAACAUAUGUUGUGCUCAGUUGGGUCCCUCCAGUCUACCAUAGCAAAGCCCCCAUGUGGUAUUACAUUGAGAAGGUUAGUUUCAGCUCACUCGAGCCUUCCGAGCCCUCCAGUACUGUAACAACCCUGCAACUGAAGGGUGUGCCCUCGGCUCCUGGACAAGUCGUUGCAACCAGAGAGACAGACACUUCUGUUCUAAUCCAGUGGGCGCCUCCAAAGGAUCCCAAUAACCUGAUUGGAUAUUACAUUGACUCUUGUGUGAAAGGAUCUAAAGACUGGACCUCUGCCAAUCACAAGCCCCAUAAGCAGACCAGGUUUGUUGUGCACGGACUGACCACCGGUGAGACGUAUGUCUUCCGCGUUCAAGCCAUCAAUGAGCUGGGCCUCAGCGACGAAUCCCAGGAAUCGGCCCCUCUUUCUGUGAGAGCUGCUCUUAAGCUGCCCUCUUCCCCUUAUGACAUCUCUCUUCUCUACUGUGAUGGGGAAUCCAUGGUGCUCAACUGGAAGCUGCCCAUCCAUUCUGGAGGAGCAGAGGUCACUGAUUAUUACAUUGACAAAUGCAAUGUGGCCAAUAAGACAUGGAAGGAGGUCAACAUCCCACCCAUUAAGGAAAGACUGCACAAGACUGGAGGUCUGACAGCUGGGUCAGUGUACCAGUUUAGGGUCUAUGGAGCUAAUUUGAUUGGACUGGGUGAUGCCUCGACCCCUAGCGCUCCCUUCAGAUGUGAGGCUUGGACCAUGCCUGAGCCAGGUCCAACCUAUGACGUGACCUUCACUGAAGUAAGGGAUGAUUCGGUGGUGGUGGAGUGGAAGGCUCCUGUCUACAGCGGCACCAGUGCCAUCACUGGAUACUUUGUUGAGAAAUCCAAGAAAGGCUCUAAUACCUGGAGCAAAGCCAACGAAAGUUCAGUCAACCACUGCUAUCUUAAGGUCAAGGGUCUAGAGACAGGCGAGUCUUAUGUGUUCCGUGUGCAGGCAGAGAAUGCCCAGGGCAUUGGUGUUGCUUCAACCCCCUCUGACCCUGUGUGCAUCAAGGCACUGCCAGGCACCCAGGAAAUCAAAUGUGGCGUCGAUGAGGAAUCAGGUGACAUUUAUCUCUCUUUUGAGAGCUGCCAAAUGAUGGAGAAAUCAAAGUUUGCGUGGAAGAAGUCCUACCAAGAAAUUACUGACUUCUCUAAGGGAACCGUCGUCAAGACAUCAGGCAGCCACUCAACUUUGCUUUUUAAGAACCCAGACAAAGAGGAUUUGGGCACAUACUCUGUGUCUGUUACACAUACUGAUGGUGCCUCCGCCAGAUACAAGAUCUUAGCAGAAGAGCUGGAGAAGAUGUUGGCCCUCAGCUAUGACAUACGCAACCCAAUUAUUCCUCUGAAGACUGAACUGGCCUAUAAGAUUCUAGAGAGAGGCCGUAUGCGCUUUUGGCUGCAAGCUGAGGGCAUCUCCUCUGCUGUGACCUACAAAUUCUUUGCCAAUAACAAGGAGCUUGUCAACUGUGAGCAAACUAAAAUGAGUCACGAUGCAGCUACGGGCAUUAUUGAGAUGGUGAUGGAUCAUUUCACUGACGACAGCGAGGGCACUUUCACUGUGCAGAUCCAAGAUGGCAGAGCCAAGACCCAGUCCUCUCUGGUGCUGAUCGGAGACGCCUUCAAGGCAGCGCUGGCUGAGGCGGAAUACCAAAGGAGGGAGUACAUUCGUGUGAAAGAGGGCCCUCACUUUAUGGAGUUCCUGUCCGCUCAAAUUGGGGAUAAUGCCUCUGUCACUCUUGUUUGCAAGGUGGCUAAUUUGAAGAAGGACUCUGUGUUCCAGUGGUAUAAGGACGAUGUAGAGGUGAUUCCUGAGGUGCCUGCCGACUUGAGCUCAGGAGUCUGCAAGUUCCCCCUUACUAAUUUCUCCAAGAAGGAUGUGGGACUAUAUAAAGCAACCAUCACUGAUGACAGAGGCCAAGAUGUGUCACAGAUUGAUGUUUCUGGCAAAGCUUUUGAUGACAUCAUUAACGAGCUCAGUCGUAUCUCUGGAUCCAGCGCCUCCGAGUUGUCGAUUCAGUGCACUGCGGAGGGCAUUAUGCUGCAAUGCCAUAUGAAAUAUUACACAGAGGAGAUGAAGAUCCAUUGGAAACAAAAGGAUUCUAAAAUCAGUGCAUCAGAAAGGAUGAGAAUUGGUGGCAACCCAGCAAUGGCAACUUUGGAGAUAGUCGAAACGACUGAUAAGGAUAAAGGAAUGUACACUAUUGAGAUUGUGGAUCCCGAGAAGAUGCAUUCUCGUACCCUGGACCUCUCCGAAGAACAUCGUGGCAAAGUGGUUGGUGGUCUUCCUGAUGUUGUAACUAUCAUGGAAAAGAAGACUCUGAGUCUGACCUGCACAGUCUGCGGUGACCCCAAACCUCUGGUCAGCUGGUCUAAGAACGAUCAAGAAUUAGAACUCAGUGAUCAGUACGUCAUUGCCAUGGACUCGGGCAAGUUCGCCAGCCUCACCAUCAAAGGCGUUUCCCUGGAGGACUCCGGCAAGUACACCAUGACGGUCCUAAACAAGUACGGCGGCGAGUCGGUGGACAUCAUCGUCAGCGUGUACAAACACGGCGACAAGAUUCCAGACAUCAAACCCACACCCUCACCCAAGAGGAUCAUGCCUCCCACAGUUCCCAUCGUAAUUCCCACUGCCAAGGCUGCCACCCCUGCCCCUGCUGCGGCCAAGUCUCCGGCUCCUCCCCAAAAUGCCAAAUCCUCUGCAGCACCCCGCGGCAUGAAGUCCCCCACUCCCACCAGGAAGAAGUAACAGCACACCUCUUUCCUCUCGCUCACCCCAACAGCACAGAAACGCCUAGAUUCACAUUUCUGGUAGGAAAUAUCAGUGUUUGCAAGGCAGCAAAGGAAGUUUAGGUUAAGGUUUUAAUUUUUAUUUGGUGUAAGCACAUCCUGUUUUCCCCCCGCCUGUAAACAGGAAUCAGCAUAGUUCAUUAUAUGGCUAUAAAAGAGUAAAUGUGCAUACUACAUUUGUUUGAAAAUUACUUCACAACCAUUAAAAAAGUAUGUUCUGCAUAUCAUGAACAUGGGUAGUAUGAAUCAAAUUCACAUUUGUUCUUACUGUCACUUGACCUACCAGCGUCAAUGUCAUUGCUACACUGCCAUUCAAAACUUGUCUUCUACGGCUUCAUGGGAUAGUUGAGAGUCCAUCCAAUGUGCACUCUCGAUUCUUGGUAGAUAAAGUAGGUAAUCUGAGUGCUUUUUGCUUGCUGUUUUUCAAAUACUAUGAAUUUGGACAUACUACUCUUUUGGUGUUCUGGUUUUCGCAUACUAUGGAAGAAGUAGUAUUCCACAAGAACAGAAGUAGGCAUAUUCCGAUUCAGUGUUUGACUCUGUGUUGUUUGAGCAUUAAG